AUGGAAGGUAGCCUAAAGCAGCUCAGCCUGGAGCGGGGGCCCGAGGGGGCGGGGGACAGCCAGGGGCAGGCCGCGCUGCAGGAGCUGGCCCUGAGGUGGUUCAUGGAGACACAGGCCCCCAUCAUUCUGCAGAAUGGAGCCCUGCCCCCCUGGUUUCACGGAUUCGUCACACGCAAGCAGACAGAACAGCUGCUCAGGGACAAAGCGCUUGGCUCCUUCCUCAUCCGUCUCAGUGACCGGGCCACUGGCUACAUCCUGUCCUACAGGGGGGGCGACCGCUGCCGACAUUUCGUCAUCACCCAGCUCCAAGACCGGCGCUACCUCGUCCCCGGGGACACCCACAGCCACAGCAGCCUGGCUGACCUCGUGCGCCAUUACCAGGAGGUGCAGUUUGAGCCCUUUGGGGAGACCCUGGCCGCUGCCUGCCCCCGGCCAGAGGACAAUGAUCUGUACGACGCCAUCACCCUGGGCUCCCACCACACCAACCCAGGCCAUGAAAACCCACCAGCCACGGCAUCCCCCACGCGCGUCCCAGACAAGGCUGCUGGCCCCUGCCUCCCUCCAAAGUCCCAGGUCUCCUUCCUCCACAUGAAGAAGAGCCUGGACGCGAGUCCCUGGAACCUGGCCGAGGAGGAGACCGUGGAGGUCCCCAUCAGAAUGCCCCCCCUUCCCGAAAGGAGUGCCUCCCUUCUAGAAGAGUCUUUUGGAGGUGCCAGCGACAUCCUCUAUGCAGACCUGAGGAAGAUGAACCACGCACGGCUAGGUCGGGGCACAGACGUGUCCGGCAGGCACGGGCCAGUUCCCCCUGGCAGUCAGGCUUGCUCCCCAGGCAAGGAGGCCCCAAAGAAGCUCUCCGAUGGUGGCCCAGGGCCUGUCCUUUCUGGGGGGAGCCCAGACCAGGGUCCUACAGCGCCUCCCACUUCCUGGGUCCCCAGGUCUGAGGCUCCAGGAUCCUCAGCUGCUACCUGGAGCCAGGGGUCUCCAAAGCAGAGCCCCAGGGCUCAGCCCUGCUCCCACGGCAGCUCUGCAGACACCUAUGAGCUCGUCCAGGAAGAGGCCAGGGAUGGGCCAGACCAAGGAGAAGGCAGUACCUACGAGCAGAUCCCAGCCUGCUGGGGUGGCCCCGCCAGGCCCCCCUAUCCUGGGGCCAGUGCCACAUACAGCAAGCUGUCGGGGCCCACGGACUGUGGCUGUGAGAGGAGCUUGGGGACACCAGAGCCAAGCAACACUUAUGAACAAAUCACUGCAGCCAAGAGCAAGGGUGCUGGACGGACACAUAAGCCCGACAAGCUUCGGAGGCUCUUCUUCACGGACAAGAAGUACAGAUCCUGAGGACUGGCUUCCAGCAGCCUACACCAUGGGUUUCCCGGUACCGGAGCCAUGCCAGGGAAGCCCUGAGCUCACCUGAAGUGCUCCUCGCAUCCUCAGACCACCCCCACCCCCACCCCACCCGUGAAGGAGCCAGCCUCAGAGACAGCGCCUGUGUGCCCACCCGGAGACACAGCAGAAGGGGCUUUCCAGCUGUCCCCUAGGCCUCCCACCCAUCCAGAGAAGAAAUUAAGGCCUGAGAGGAGGGGACUCGCACGCCUCCCAUGAGACCCAGACCCAGGUCCUGCCCUCCAACGCGCCCUGAGGGCCUUGCCCGGUGCCAGCUCUGGACGCAGGGCACUCGGCCUCUCAGCAUGGCCAUCCCUCAGGUCAGGAUGCUCUGGCUGGGCCCCUUCUCCUCAGAUCCUUUGGUCUGUCCCACUUCCCCUCCUACCCGUGUCCCCACCUCCCUAAGGGUGACAAUCAGCUUGGUUGUCCCUGCCCACUGCCCCAGGCCUAGGAGGCAGAAGACAGACUGACCAUCCCCAGAGGACACCACAGCCCCUCUGCACCCCGUCCUGGGCAGAGCUGGCCCAGUUCACCUUGGCGGGGAUAUCUCCCCUCAGCGGUCUCUGGGCAGGGCAGCUUCCUUCUGAGGAAGGGGGUGAAGCAUCCCCACCGCCCAGGGGUGUUGUCAGGAUUGAGCACGGCAACCAGCCUGCACCUGACACACGGUCAGCGCCCCAUAAAUGUUCCCCGGAACCACUGUUAUCAUGAGAGAAAUGGAAACAGUUCUCACCCAGACUCCGUCCCACGUGGGGCUCGCGUCACGAUUUGGGGCACAGAUGUGUCUUCCUCCCAAAGACACAAGCACUGAAAUAAAAGUUAG